AUGUCGCUGCAGCUGCUGCUUCUGCUGCUGCCUGUGCUGUGGGGAGUGCCCACGGCUCAGGAUCACAGGUACCAGCUGGAACUACCGGCGUCCGUGACAGUGCAGGAGGGCCUGUGUGUGCUCGUGCCCGGCAAAUUUUCCUAUCCCUGGACUGCCUUUGGAAUCCUCCAUGUGUUCUGGUUCCGGAAAGGGGCGGAUAGAAACCCUGAUAAUCCAGUGGCCACAAACAAAAUAGAACAGCAGCUGUAGGAGAGCACCCAGGGCCGGUUCUUCCUCCUCGGAGACCCCCAGGCCUACAACUGCUCCCGAAGCAUCCGAGACGUCAAUGUGGUGGCCAGUGGGACUUACUUCUUUCACAUGGGGAAAUACUUCAGGAAACACUCGUAUCGGGAUAAGAUGCUUUCUCUGCAUGUGACAGUCCUGACUCACAGACCCGACAUACUUAUCUCGGGGCCCCUGGAAUCUGGCCGCCCCAAGAACCUCACCUGCUCUGCGUCCUGGGCCUGUGAGCAGGGCACACCACCCCUCUUCUCCUGGACAUCAGCUGUUCUCACAUCCUUGGGCCCCAGGACCCUCCUCUCUUCAGUGCUCACCCUGACCCCACGGUCACAGGACCGUACCAGCCUCACCUGUCAGGUGAAGUUCCCUGGAGCUGAUAUGACCAUGGAAAGGACCAUCCAGCUCAACAUCACCUAUGCUCCACAGGACAUGGUCCUCAGCAUCUUCCAAGGAAACAGCACAGCCCUCAAAAUCCUGCAAAAUGCCUCUACCCUUCCCAUCCUGGAGGGCCAGGCUGUGCGGCUGCUCUGUGCUGCUAAGAGCAAUGCCCCUGCAGUGCUGAGCUGUUUCCUGCGGUCCGCAGCCCUGAACACCACCCCCAUAUCCACCAUUGCCAUCCUGGAACUGCCUCCCAUAGGGACUACAGGAGGAGACUGCACCUGCCUCGCUCAGCACCUGCUGGGCUCCCAAAAUGUCUCUGUGAACCUCUCCGUGGUCUGUAAACCAGAACCCAGGGCCAGUGGCGUCCUGGGAGCAGUUGGGGGAGCUGGCAUCAUGGCCCUGGUUUCUCUCAUCCUCUGUCUCCUCUUCAGAGUGAAGACCUGCAGGAAGAAGGCAGCCCAGCCAGUGCAGAGCAUGGAGAAUGUGAACCAAAUUGAGGCCUCAGGCUCUGGGGCUCAUCAGCACCGGUUCUGGACAGACUCCCCUUCAGAUCACCCAGCCCCUGCUGGGGUGAGCCCCAUCUCAGGAGAGGAACCGGAGAUCCACUAUGCUUCCCUCAGAUUUCACGAGGCUCCCAAAGAAAAAGGCACCAACAUCGAAUACGCAGAGAUCAGGACGCACAAGUGA